AUGUGGCAGCUCAAGCUCAUGACAAACAUGAGGGCUCAAGCCGACCCGUGGUUCGCCGCCUUCUUAUUGCGUGUCAGUAAUGGCACCGAGGAGGCCAAUGAAGAAGGUAACAUAAAGCUCCCUGAAGACGUCUGUGUGCCGUCCACUGACAAGGAGAGUGACAUAGAGAGGCUGAUCGACCAUGUGUUCCCGGCUUUAAACACCAGCAUGGCCGACCCGAACUAUAUUACUUCCAGAGCUAUCCUCUCCACGAAGAACGACUGCGUCGACAAAAUUAACAUGCAGAUGAUAGAGCGUUUCAAUGGAGAGGAGAUGGUGUACCAUAGUUUUGACAGCGCGGAGGAUGAUCCGCAUGGUUACUACCCUUCCGAGUUUUUGAACUUGCUUACCCCGAACGGGCUGCCUCCGCAUGUUCUUAAAUUGAAGAUCAACUGCCCCAUCAUACUGCUGAGGAAUAUUGACCCGGUUAACGGAUUGUGCAAUGGCAGGCGGCUCAUAGUCCGGGGAUUCCAGAGAAAUGCAAUUGAUGCCGAGAUCGUGGUAGGGCAGCAACACGGGAAAAGGGUGUUCCUUCCUCGUAUUCCGCUUUGCCCCUCCGACGAUGACAUGUUUCCAUUCCUUUUCAAGAGGAAGCAGUUUCCAGUCAGACUGAGCUUCGCAAUGACCAUCAACAAGGCACAAGGGCAGACCAUACCAAUUGUCGGCGUGUACCUACCGAACCCGGUGUUCUCCCACGGCCAGUUGUAUGUGGCCUUGUCCAGAGCGACAGCAAGAGGGAACAUAAAGAUCCUCGCCGUGCAGGACGAUGAGAAUAUGAACAAGUCAUACAAAAGGAAGCCAAAGAAACAAGAGAUGUCCAUGGUGUCCACCACUAAAAACAUCGUGUACAAGGAAGUACUCACUGCAUGA